AUGUUUUCUUACCUUCCUAGAUACCCAUUGCGAGCUGCGAGCGCUAGAGCACUUGUUCGCGCAACGAGGCCCUCUUACCGGUCUGCCCUCCUCAGAUACCAAAGCUCAGAGGCUGUUGGGCGCACACAGGAGAUUGUACCAGGAGCCUACCAGAUUCCUCCCAGAGAUUUCUCUCGCCAACAUGAGGAAAAGCUCGCACCUAAAAACGCCGCCAGAGCACCUCGCAGGAUAGAACCUGCGACGCUGAAACUGAACAGCAAGAAUUUGUCCCAACUGCAAAACGUCACAGUCCCAACUUACCAGCGGGAGGGUGUGAAGCAGGGCAUCGUACAUGUCGGAGUUGGCGGCUUUCACCGCGCUCACUUGGCUGCUUACGUCGACACACUUCUCGAGCAGUUCAACUCUCAGGACUGGUCUAUUUGCGGCGUGGAUUUGCAGCCCUUUGCCGCUCCCAUGCGUGACGCCCUAGGCUCGCAAGACAACCUUUAUACUAUGAUCGAAUGCGAUACCGAGGGUACAAGCGCGCGCGUCAUUGGAAGCAUUACCGACUACCUCUUUGCUCCCGACAACUGCGAGGCUGUCAUUGCGAAGAUGGCACACCCGGACACACACAUCGUGUCAAUGACGGUCACUGAGAGUGGUUACUAUAUGAAUGAGAACACACACGAACUACAGAUUGACCAUCCGGACAUCGCGGCGGAUUUGGCUGGCCAACAACCCCCUCGCACCGUAUUUGCUUAUCUGUACGCUGCUCUUGCCAGGCGACACGCAGCAGGUCUGCGACCAUUCACAGUCAUGUCCUGCGAUAACAUGCAGAAAAACGGCGACAUAAGCCGCAACAUGUUGCUUGCUUUUGCCCGCCAGCAAAACCCAGAGGUUGCCGAUUGGAUCGCAGAAAACGGCGCUUUCCCCAACAGCAUGGUCGACAGAAUUACGCCACGGACAAGUGAUGAGAACAAGGCCCAACUCGCACAGGAAUUUGGAGUCGAAGACUCUUGGCCUGUUGUCACCGAGGUUUUCCACCAAUGGGUUCUUGAAGACAAGUUCGCCGACGGCCGUCCACCAUUCGAGAAGGCCGGUGUCCAGGUGGUUCCCAAUGUUCACAAGGUCGAAGAAUACGAACUUAUCAAGCUACGCUUGCUCAACGCCAGCCACUCGGCCAUGGGAUAUGCUGGAUAUCUUGGUGGCUUCACCUACAUCCACGAAGUCAUUGCCGACCCAACUUUCCGCAAGUACAUCCGCAACAUGAUGCAAGAGGAGGUCCAGCCGCUGCUACCGCGCAUUCCCGGCGUCAGUGUAGACGAUUAUUGCAAUACCCUUCUGGGACGAUUUUCCAACCCAACGCUCAAGGACGAGCUUCCUCGUAUUUGUCUCGGUGGAUCAGGCAAGAUUCCUCAGUUCAUUAUGCCUAGCAUUGCAGAGCAGAUCCAGGCGGGUGGUCCCCUCCGUCGCUUGACCCUUUGCGCGGCAGCUUGGUUCCGCUACCUCCGAGGCAUAAACGAGCAGGGCCAAGCCUUCAAGCUUGACGACCCCAUGGCAGAGGAACUCCAGGCCAAGGCUCUUGAGAGUCCGUUUUCGGUGCUCGAAGUGAAGAGCCUGUUCGGAGAUGACCUUCGCGACGAUAAGCGAUUUGUCGCAGAGUUGAAGAAUGCAUUGGAGAGCCUGGAGCGCGAUGGCGCCAGGGCAACAAUUGCCCAGUACGCGUAG